CCGGUGUUCACGUCGCCCACCGUGGCCUGCUUGUAGUGGCUGUAGACCGCCAGCAUCUCCUGGUCCGUGGGCUGCGACUUCAGCUGCUUCACCUCCUCGGCAGCCUUCUGGAACGCGGCCUGGGGGGAAGGCGGCAGGGGUGUUCCUCCAUGCUGCUGAGCAGCGAGUGAGUGAGUGCUGUGCCCUGCACUGUGCCCCCAAGUCAGCAGCCCACGUGGACUAGCACCAAGAAAACAUCCAUCUCUGCUGUUUAGUGUAAAUCCAGUUAUUUUCAGGGGCAAAGUGGGCCAGGAUUCGUUCCCAUGUCAGCAGAGAGCUCGACCGUCACGGUUCGCCUGGUGCGCUCCUUCGAGCACCGCAAUUUCCGGCCCGUGGUGUACCACGGCGUGCCCCUGGAGCAGACCGUGCGCGACUUCAUGGCCUUCGUGCGCCGGGAUGUUUCUUCAAGAUCAGGACUUCCUCCUCCUUUUAAAAAUUACAAGUAUGAUACAAUGAAGAUUAUUCACCAAGCACACAAAUCUAAGACUGGUGAGCUUGUAGUGAGUUUAGAAGAUGAUGACAAACUGAUUUUGAAGGAAGACAGCACGCUGAAAGCAGCUGGAGUAGCAAAUGAGACGGAAUUAGCAUUCUUCUGUGAGGAAGAUUACAGAAACUACAGAGCUAAUCCUGUUUCGGCCUGGUGAAGAUCCCAAGAGAUUGUUUUGUUUUCCCAUACCUGUUGUAAAUUUUCCUUAUUCUGCUUAAUGAGAUUUUUCUUAAAGAUCAAUAAAUCCUAGAGGAUUUCUUUGCAAA